AUGGUAGGAAGCGGAAAUAGGAGCUUUAAACUGAAAGAACUUGGGAUCGCCACACAGCAUCCGCAUCAUGGAACUGAUAAUACUGAGAGCGAUCAUGAGGAGAGAUCAAAAGCAGGGAUAAUAAAGAGAUAUAUGGCGCCGCCAAGAGGGUGGUUGGCGAUUAAAAUAGGUAGAGAGGUGCAAGAGAGAAUAGUGGUGCCGGUGAGUUACUUGAAUCACCCUCUGUUUGCAGAGCUGCUGAAGCAGGCAGAGGAAGAGUAUGGGUUUAAGCAAGAAGGAGCCAUAGCCAUCCCUUGCCAGUUGAAGCAUUUCAAGUAUGUUGAAGCCAUCAUUCACAGGGAACACCACCAUCAUCGUCUUGUUGGAUGCUUCAGGCUUUGA